AUGGCUACUGUAAGUGCUGCUUUAAAGUCAAGAGUUCGUCGUCCUGCUCUUCUGGAAAAGGUCAUGAAGCCUGAAGAGACCCUCAAGUUCUUCAAAGGCGGACAAUAUCUCGGCUGGUCUGGUUUUACUGGUGUUGGUUACCCCAAGAUGAUUCCUGUUGCUUUGGCUGACCAUGUCGAAAAGAACAACCUUCAAGGUAAAAUGAAGUUCAAUCUCUUUGUGGGCGCUUCUUCUGGUGCUGAAUGCGAGGAUCGUUGGGCCGAACUUGAUAUGAUUGAUCGUCGCUAUCCUCAUCAAGUUGGCAAAAACAUCAAGAAGGGUAUCAAUGAAGGCCGUAUCCGCUUUGCUGAUAAGCAUUUGUCCAUGUUCCCUCAAGAUCUCGUCUAUGGCUACUAUACCAAAGAUAAGCCUGACAACAACAAGCUUGACAUUGUCGUUGUCGAAGCUACUGCCAUCACUGAAGAUGGUUGGAUUGUCCCUGGUGCUUCCGUUGGUGCUACUCCUGAAUUGAUCCAAAUGGCCGACAAGAUCAUUAUCGAAGUCAACACUCGUAUUCCCUCCUUUGAAGGUCUCCAUGACAUCAACACGUGUACUCUUCCUCCUAACCGUAAGCCUUAUUUGAUUAUGAACACUGAGGACAGAAUCGGAACAACUGCUAUCCCCAUCGACACUGACAAGGUUAUUGCUGUCGUUGAGAGCAACCGCCCUGACAAGACUGGUGGCAACGCACCUGCUGAUGACAAGUCUGAGGCCAUCGCUAACCAUCUCAUUGAGUUCUUUGAGGAAGAAGUCAAGUAUGGUCGUCUUCCUGCCAAUUUGUUGCCUCUCCAAUCAGGUAUUGGUAACAUUGCUAAUGCUGUUAUUGGCGGUUUGGCCAAAUCCCGCUUCCAAAAUGUCACAGUAUUCACUGAAGUGUUACAAGACACCUUUUUGGAGUUCUUUGAUUCCGAUAAACUCAAGUUUGCUAGUGCUACAUCGAUCCGUUUCUCUCCUGAAGGCUUUGAUCACUUUUAUGAUAACUGGGAAAAGUACAAGGACAGAUUCCUCUUGAGAUCUCAACAAGUAUCCAACUCUCCCGAAAUCAUUCGUCGUCUUGGCUGCAUUGCCAUGAACACUCCUGUCGAAUUUGACAUGUACGGUCAUGCUAACUCUACUUUGGUGUGUGGUUCUGGUAUGUUGAAUGGCCUUGGUGGUUCUGGUGAUUUCUUGCGUAAUGCCAAGUUGAGUGUGAUGCACUCUCCCUCCACUCGUCCCUCCAAGAAGGACCCUAACGGUGUUUCCUGCGUUGUUCCCAUGUGCUCUCACGUCGAUCAAACUGAACACGAUCUUGACAUCUUUGUUACUGAGCAAGGUUUAGCUGAUCUCCGUGGUUUGUCUCCUCGUGAACGUGCUCAAGUGAUUAUCGACAAAUGUACUCAUCCCGAAUAUAAGCCUCAACUUCAAGACUACUUUGAUGUUGCUACCAAGAAGUGUCUUGCUGCUGGUAGAGGUCAUGAACCUCAAAUGCUUGACAAGGUCUUCAAGAUGCAUACCAACUUGUUGGAAAAUGGUACCAUGAAGCUUGACUCUUGGUGA